AUGGCAUCAAUCCCAGCAACAACUCCAGAUACUAUCAUUACUCUCAAGGUUAAUAUUGAGGGUAGCAAUAGAAGAUUCAAGCUUCCUCUUCGUGAUCUCGGUGCUAGUUCUCUCCCCGAUAAGCUUCGUUAUCUCCUUGCCAUCCCUCCCACUUCCGAGGCUAUCUUCGAGAGAUACUCUGAUAGCGCUGCUGCCUUCGUCGUCCUCGAUGCCGCCAAUCCUUCAGUUUACAAACAGUUGUACCGUGCUGCCAAGGCUAAGCUCAAGCUUAGACUCAAGGUGACCAUCACGGAUAAAGAGCCGGUGAUGCCAGAGCCGGUGAUGCCAAAGCCAGCAACUGUCGAGGACGAAGAACUCGCUCCGGUCAAGCCCGAAGUACAGCCCACAAUCCGCUCACAAAUUUUGUGGGAUGAUGCGGCAGCUGGAACAGACACACAAAUAUAUGGUCGUCUCGACAACGCGGACGCUGGAAGAGACAUGCAAGAAUUCGUUAGUCCCGAGAACAAAGAUUUCACGGACGCUGGAAGAGACACACAAGAUUCCGCCGAGAAAGAAAAAGAAAUUCAUCAGGCAAUACCUUGGACUUCUGUGCAACAGUCAUUCGAUGAAUUGUCUAUUGGUACCGGUGCUGCUCAUCCUUCGUGUGGCGAAACAAAGCGUCCAGCAAUUCAGCCCAUGAGCACGUGUGAACCUACGUCACAAUCACACCUAUCAGAUCCUGGCAUGAGUAGCCCCGAGCAGCGGGAACGCUUCUAUUCCCUUUACUUUCCUCGAGAAGAGAGAGAUCGUCCUGUACACAUUUGCAAGCCUUCAGCUUUUACGCUUCCCAAGUCAGCACCUCCCGCUUGCGCGUUCUCCGUCUACUGCAAUAAUUGCAGUAUGUCUAUCCCAGAUGUACAUUAUCAUUGCAGCACCUGUGAUGAUGGUGAUUUCGACUUGUGUCCAUCGUGUAACGAUAGUGGUGUCUCGUGCCAUGGUGAUCAUUGGUUGAUCAAACGUAUCGUUGACAAAGGCAAAUACAUCCACAGCACAACGGAGACUCUCGCCCCGAAGAAACAAUUCGCUGACUCCAAGACUACCCUCGUCGCCCCUGCCGCCGAAGAGGACAGAGCAGCCGGACCUCAUACUCGCACUUGCAAUUCCUGCAUCACAGAAAUGUUCGAGGAGCACUUUGUCACUUGCACCGAUUGUGAAGAUUUCGACUUGUGCAUGCUGUGCCAUGUAGGCUUGAAGCAUGGUCACAACCCCAAACACGCCUUCGCUUUCGUGGACGAGGAUGUCAAUCACGAUUUAAUCGCUCGUGUUCUUCUUGCCCCAGGUCGAAAUUACUCUCACUCUGCUGUUUGUGAUGGAUGUGAGAAAAGUAUCUUUGGUGUUCGUCACAAGUGCCUCGAUUGCCCAGAUUGGGAUUUCUGCAACUCGUGCAUUGCAAAUGCUAGCUUCAUCCACCCUCGUCACAGAUUUGUCCCUCUCUACGAAACCAUGAACGCUGGUAUUGUUGCUCGACGUCAAAAUGCCAAGGUUCGUCAUCAUGGAAUCUUCUGUGAUGGUCCUCUUUGCAAUCGCGUUGGUGACUCCAUGAGCGCUUAUAUCACUGGAGAUCGCUACAAAUGUGCUGUCUGUCACGACACCGAUUUCUGUGCUAGCUGCGAGGCUAGUCCAUCCAACCCACAUAAUAAGACUCAUCCUCUUAUCAAGUUCAAGACACCUGUUCGCAAUGUUAGUGUUACUACUCUCGGCGAUCAUCCAAAUGGUAAAGCUAUGCCACCAAUGGGUGAUCGUCGUUCUGAUAGUCUGACUACUUCCAAGGCAACUGAGACCACCCCAGCUCAAUCCAUCAAUGCUGCCACCCAAGUUCAAACAGUUGCUGAGGUUAAACCUACCGAAGUCAAGACUGAGGAGCCAACCAAGGUUGAGGCGGCUGAUGAAGUUGAGAAGCCAAUUGAAGUUAAGGAGGCAGCUCAAGUUGAGGAGGCUGUUGAGCAACUUUCAGCACCCGCUGAUGAGGUGAUGAUUGCACACUUCGUCCGUGAUGUAGUCGCUGAUGGUACCAUCAUGCCCCCAAACACAGUCUUUGAGCAAACCUGGUACCUCCGCAAUGGUGGUAAGACAUCUUGGCCUGCAGGAUGCAGUGUCAAAUUCAUCAAUGGCGUUAACAUGUGUGCUGUUGAUCCAGAUCACCCGGCCAGUGUACAUGAACUUGUGAGCGCCGCUGAAAGCACCAUUUGCUAUACUGAACUUGCUCCCGGCCAAGAAUACGGUUUCACUGUCUUGAUGAGAUCUCCCAGCCGCCCUGGUAACUACGUCUCAUUCUGGCGCACUUCCACUCCUGAUGAUGACAAAUUCGGUCACAGACUUUGGUGUGAUAUCACUGUCAAUGAGCCAACUCCAGUCAUCAAGAAAGAACUUUCCAUGCGCGAUCUAGUGGAUUCUGCUGUUGUAGAAGAUGCCACGGUUGAGUCUGAUUUCAGCGCCAAUGCUGCCACAACCAAGGCGGAGGGUAGCCAAAUGAUCUUCCCAAAGCUUGACAAGGAAUCUCCAAGCUCAAGCGUUCAUAAGGAAAUGGAGGAAGCCCAACAAGCACCAGAAGAGGUGUCAGCUGCUGAGGAAAUCUUUGAUGAUGACUUUGAGGACUUUAAUCAAAACCUUGAGGUUAAUGAAGCUGAGGAUGGAUUCAUGACUGAUGAAGAGUAUGAUAUUCUCGAUGCUAGUGAUGAGGAAUACCUCGCCGAACAGGAGUCAGCAUCUAAGAAGUAA